CAUUAUUGUGACUCAGAUACUUAGGUUCUUUCUUUGUUUUAGUUCUUUCAUACUGUAUGAAACCUCUUGUCUGGUUAAAUAGUGAUUUUAUACUGUCUACAAAUUUGAACGCUGAAAAUAUAUUUGCAAUGAACUUGAAAAUACCGAUAGUAGCGGUUUUAUUGUUACUCGUUUGGGAGAAAACUGUCGGACAAGAACGCCUUUCGCAGAUUAAUUCUUGGACUUGGACUUGGGCUGCAAAUGAUUAUCAGAUUCUUCAAAGAGUUGCAAUGUUGGAAGCCAGGCAAACCUUGUUGGAGGGAACUGUCGCCGAGCAGAAGGCGGAGAUCACUAAUCUAAGCAAGCGAAUAGAAGACAUGAAACAGAGGACUUGGGGAAGCUGGGGCGAGUGGGGUCAGUGCGAUUUCUCGUGCAACCGGAGCGUGACCGAGGGCGCGAGAGUUCAGACGAGAUUUCGGAACAUGACCGCGGGCAGCGUUGUCCUGCAGACGGAGACUGACCAGCGUCCGUGUAACGCUGUGCAGUUUGCAGGCUGCGAUAAGAGUAGCAGUGCAGACGACAAUUACGCGACAGCGUUCAGUUUCACAGACGAGAUCGCUCAGGCCACGUGCACCGCAAUACGUUCCGAAGGAGGUUACGUGAAAGCUGUGCGACGCACGUGCUCCAACCAGACUGUCUCCUGCGAGGACCUGUGCAAGAGUGUCAGCGCAACGUGCUUCAACGCUCUUCACGUUUACCAACCGGACAACGUGCUGGGUAUUGCGGAGACCGGAAGAGCCGGCCUGAAGACUUACAGAUACAACUCCUGUCUCGGCUCGCUCUGCGGACCCAACUUCUGCUGCUGCGACAGCAAAUAAGAUUGACCGAUCCUCAUCAAAACCUAACAAAAACAACUGAAAAACUGUUUUAUUAUUUAUGUAUUUGUUAAUGCGAGGUUAAUUCUUUCUUUAAGACAUAUCUUUCAUGCUUUUAUAUAAUCACUUCAAUAUUUUGAACAGGAGUUUAGAUCAUUUUGAGCUUGGUAAUAGAUACACGUCUAGCAUUUGUUGACAAAAUUCUGCAAAGGACCUUUCUGUUUAUGUUUGUUUCAUUUAAAAUAGCUUUGUUUAUGGUAUUUUAAUGUGGACGUUAAAGGUAUUGUCAAUUGUAUGAUGCAUAAUGUGAAAGUAGUGUUGCAAUUACAACUUACUGCAAAUGCAUAGUUGAGAUGGUAGGGGCUUUCUAAAUGUAUAAAUACUUAAUUUAACACCACAACCCUACUUUUUAAUAAAUGUGUUUCUCAUGACACCUUUUACUUUUCUAUAUGGUAAAAAAACUGUUUUAAUACAAUAGUCGUAUAAAAUAAAUCAU